AUGAAGUUCGUCACCAGCAUUACGAUCUUUGGAAUAAUCAUCAGUUCCGUGUCAGUGCAAAGUGGUGCAAAUGUUGUUUUCGAGAAAGAAAAUCAAGAAAAAUCGGGAUCCAUUGUCGGUGAAAUAACACAAGAGUUAUUUAAAAAAUCACGGAGCAAUCAGAUCGUCAAUUUGAAUUUGUCAGCUGUUCUUUUACUACUACUGCUGAAAGCAGCCGCACUCGGUGCAACAUAUAUUGGAAAUUCUGAUCGCUACAGAGGUCGAAAAUUCGGCGAAGCAGAAAAUCUUGUAUCAGCGGAGGAAAUGACAUUGGCCCUUGGCUACUUGAUUGGGGACAAUUGUUUGUAUCGCGCGGCGUGUGAAGUGCCAGAAACUGCAAGAGAGUAUCUCGCAACUAUUGACAUGAUUGUGGAGGCUAUGAAAAUCAUUCCACAGGCAUCACCCGUCGACAAUAAAUACGAGAAAAAAAUAGCAGAAUUCCGCAAGGCAAUUGAAUAUGGAGAAUUAAAACGCUGUCCGUCUGAGUAUACUUGUAAAAAAGGGAGCAUCAACUUCGCACUGCCUGAAUAA